AUGAUAUACAAAAAUGUAUUUACUAGUCAGAUCAGACGCGGAAUUAAGUUAAAACAAACUUUAAAAAAUUACAGCGUUAUAGCUUCUGUUUUGGAGAAAGCGAACAUCGGUGAGGUUACUGAGGUUAAGGGAUGGGUUAAGAACUUACGAAAGCAAAAAGACCUAACGUUUAUUGACGUAAACGAUGGAUCUACCUCACAAAAACUUCAGAUCGUAAUACCGAAAAAUCUGAACACUAACGAUCUCACUUACGGUAGUUCCGUGCUUAUAACAGGCAAACUCUCCAAAAGUCCCAAAGGGCAGUUGGAACUAGUCGCCGAACAUGUGAACGUAAUGGGAACUUGCGUCGUUUCGGAUGGUUACCCUUUUAACCCAAGAACUGCCCAUCCUCCUGAAUACAUACGCCAAUUCCUGCAUUUAAGAUCACGAACAAAUUACUUUUCAGCUAUACUGAGAGUACGCAACUCCUUAACGAGGCACAUACACAACUAUUUUGAAUCUAAAAACUAUCUUCAUGUCCAUACACCAAUAUUAACGUCAAAUGAUUGUGAGGGAGCGGGUGAAGUAUUUAAAAUACAGCCAGAUAAUGAAAUAACUGUUAAAGCUAUGAUGCAGGAAGGUAGAGAUAAAGAUUCAGUAUAUUUUGGCACCAAAACUUUCUUAACUGUGUCGGGACAGUUGCACCAAGAAGCUAUUUGUCGGGGCAUGGGCAAUGUGUACACUCUAGGACCAACAUUUAGAGCGGAGAAUUCAAGAUCAAGACUCCAUUUGUCCGAAUUCUACAUGCUAGAGGCAGAAAUAGCUUUCUGUGAUACCCUUCAAAACUUGCAAAAUGUUAUAGAAGAUAUGUUAAAGUAUUUAUUUAUUAAAACUCAUGAGAGUAAUGCAAAUGAUCUGCAUAUUAUUGAUAAAGAGAAAUCUGUAUUGCCUCUUUGGGUUAAUAAAGAGUUUGUUACAAUGACUUACAAUGAAGCAAAAGGAAUUUUAGGGAAAAGAGGUUUAGAUAUGACAGAUGAAGGGAUAAAUAAGGAACAAGAGCUAGCUUUGGUGGAAUAUUGUAAUGGUAUCCCUGUAUUUGUUAUCAAAUGGCCUAAGGAACAGAAGUCUUUCUAUAUGAAGGAGUGUCAAGAUGACAAUACCAAGGUGGACGCCCUCGAUCUAUUAGCCCCGAUAACCGGUGAAGUUGUCGGCGGUAGUCUCCGCGAAAACAGCUAUGACAAACUUAAAGCUAAACUUCCAUCCGAUAGACUUAACUGGUAUCUAGAAUUGAGAAAAUUCGGUAAUAUACCCACAGGCGGUUUUGGACUAGGUCUAGAAAGGUUUCUACAAGUUAUUUGUGGUGUUAGUAAUAUUAAAGACACUCUGCCUUUUCCUAGAUGGCCGCAUAAUUGCGAUAUGUAAGGACAGCUUGUUGUAUUUGUUAUUGUAAUGUUAAUAAAGAUGUU